UCAAUUCAUAUCUAACAGUGGUAAAGACUAAAGAGUAAAGACUAAUUUUUAACUAUCAUAUGAUAUUAUUUAACGAUAAGAAAAAAUUACUAUCAAAUGAAGAAAGAAAACACCAAAAAAACCCUACUCCGAUUGUGUUAAGGUCUAUGACCAAAACAAAAGCAGCCUGUGAUAGCUAAUCGUAGCCAAUAAGAAUAUUAUAUUUUUUUUUCAUCGAGACAAAUUAGAUAUGUUAGUAGACCGUGAUCGUUCAUAAUGUUUUGAAAUCCGUUGCCUUAUAUAGUAGUAGAAUCGUAUAGAAUGAAGGAAUUAUUAUGUAGUGUAUUGCGUGUAUAAUGUGUAACAAUUUUAUUUCUCGAUCGUUAACUACAAUAAAUGAAUAAAAAAACACAAAUAAACUGUUUAGAUGUAAGAAAAAAAAUGAAUUUGAACAACUUUUAAAAUUGGGCAAGUUCAUUUUAAACAGAAAAUAGACAAUGUUCCUUUUUAAAAUAGCCAACAAAUAAUUAGCAAACAGUUAAUCAAUCCAUGUAUAAAUCUUCAUUUUAAAUUAUUCAAUUGAUUUGUUCAAUAUGAUUCCGGGAGCUGUGUGCAAAGCAUUAACACUUUUAUUUGGUGUAAUGUAUCCAGCUUAUGCAUCGUACAAGACAGUGAAAAACAAAAAUGUGAAAAAUUAUGUUAAGUGGAUGAUGUAUUGGAUAGUUUUUGCAGCAUUUAUUUGUAUCGAAAGCUUAACUGAUAUAUUCCUCGAAUUUUGGUUUCCAUUUUAUUAUGACAUUAAAUUACUUGUGCUAUUAUGGAUUUCAUGCCCAUUUACAAAAGGUUCAACAAUUUUAUACAAGCAACUAGUACAUCCAACUUUAUUGAAAAAAGAAACUGAUAUUGAUGAAUUUUUAGUCAAUGUUAAAUCACGUACCUACAAUGCUCUAACUUCAACCGCCAAACAAACUUUUCAAAUGACAGCUGCAAUUGUAGCUCAGCACACAGUAGUUGGGCGUAUGCCAAUGGUUCUUCAACAAAUGGUGAAAUUGGAUGAUGAAUGUUUAUCUCAACAGCCAGCAGCUGUCAUAAGAAAAGUGAAAAAAAAGAAACCUACAACCAUUAUUAUAGAAGAUUCUAUAUCAGAUUCUUCCUCUGAUUCAUUGCCAAUAGAAUCUACUAUUGUCGUUGAAGAGGUACCCGUUCAAAGACCAAAACGUAGUAAAGUGCAAUAUCAACAAAAAUCUAGUAAUAUCAAUAAAUUCAAGACAGUAUUUUAAAAUAACCAUAUCAUGUUCCAUUAUAAAAUCAUCUUAUUAUUUCUCAUUAUAAUAAAAGCUUUAUUAUGUAUAAAAUGACAUCAUAAUCGAUGACAAUAUUGCACUGUUUUUUUUUUCAUUUCCACUUUCACAAGUUUAAAGUUUGUAAUCACUGAAGGUUUUUAAUUUUUUUU